GUGGGUCAUGGUGACAAGAAAAACGAGUCAUGGUGGCCUAAGAUGCAGACUCGUGAAGAGCUAGUGGAAGCUUGCAGUAUUGUGAUAUGGACAGCUUCAGCACUGCAUGCAGCUGUUAAUUUUGGACAAUACCCUUAUGGAGGUUUGAUCUUAAACCGUCCAACUAUCAGUAGGCGAUUCAUGCCCGAGAAGGGUUCUGCUGAGUAUGAGGAGCUGAAGAAGAGCCCUCAGAAGGCUCUCUUGAGGACCAUUACACCAAAGUUUCAGACCCUUAUUGACCUUUCAGUGAUAGAAAUAUUGUCAAGGCAUGCUUCUGAUGAGAUCUAUCUGGGUGAAAGGGACAAUCCAAAUUGGACAUCUGAUACAAGGGCCUUGGAGGCUUUCAAAAGGUUUGGGAAGAAGCUCUCAGAAAUUGAGAAGAAACUCUCAGAGAGAAACAAUGACGAGAAACUGAGAAACCGCCAUGGACCAGUUCAGAUGCCUUAUACUCUGCUCUUCCCUUCUAGUGAUGAAGGCUUAACUUUCAGAGGAAUUCCAAACAGUAUCUCCAUCUGAAGACAAGGAAUCUGAAUCCUUCUUCCAAACCUACUGUGUUGUUUAAUAAAGUCUUUCGUGUUCGACCUUAAUAAAAGCAAAUGUACUUUUAAAGUUUUUUCAAACAAUAAAGCCAGAGUUACUACUUCUUGCAAUAUGGCUGGCUACUCUUGUAAUCUGGAACAAAACUAAAAGAUGGGUUUCACAAAAUCCAUGAUGUUUGGACUUA